AUGCGUAAUGCAGAGCAUUGUGCAUAUUACGACAGUUCACAAUGUAACACGCCAGCCCUCCCGUACUUUUUGCUGAAUUGUAUAUACAUAAAAAANGACUAUAACGAUAAAAUAUUCAAGAAAAAUAAAAUACAUUUCGUUAAUAAAGAUUUUUGGGAAAAAGUACGUAAUGAACGUCUAAUAUCUUCUCGUUUUUAUAGUGCUUGUAAAUUUAAUCAAACAAAAGACAAAGAAUCGUUCUUGAAAAGAAUAUUGCGCAUUCGGAAUGAAAAAUCAUGUGAUACCAAAAAUAGUAUCCCGUAUUCUGAGCAAUAUGGUACAGUUAAUGAGCCGAAAGCAAUACAAAAUUUUGAGAAGAAAGUGUACGUAAAGAUUGAACUAUGCAAUGUAUUUAUUGAUGAAAACUUGAACUAUUUAAUAGCGAAGCCGGAUGGUAUAAUUGGAGAUGAUGGCAUUGUUGAAAUAAAAUGUCCAGUUAAUGCCCAAUAUUUGACUCCCAAAAAAGCUAUUAAAGAUAAAGUGAUAAAAUAUUUACAGUACAAUGAAAAUGAAGAACUCGUACUAAAACGUCAUUCUGCUACUUUUUAUCAAAUACAAGGAGAACUGCACAUUUCAAAGAGACAGUAUUGUUAUUUAAUUAUUUGGACUCCAAAAGGUAUAGUUUAUUGUAAAAUUCUUCGAGAUGACAAAUUUUGGAACGAUAAUAUGGAACAAAAUCUUAUUAACUUUUACGAAGACUUUAUGUUACCGGAAUUAUUAAAUUUUCAUUUCACUAAGAAUCUAAAUGUUACGGAUAUUUAACUAAAAUAUACUAAAUUAUUACAUAUUCAUAUUUAAAUAAAUCUAAAAAAUCGACAAAUGAUUUUAAAAAUAUAUUAUUUAUAAAUAAAAUUACAGUUAAGGAAGUUAUGCGCAUCUAAUAAUAACAAAAGUCAAUAAAUUUAUCAUUAAAUUACUAUAAUAAUAUAACAUCUAUCUAACUAUAUCACUAUGUCAAAAUUAAAUAAAGUGAGGACGAUAAAACUCUUCGAUCAGAAAAAGCUCGAUGAUUUAAGGUCAACAUUCUUUUAGAAAUAUGUUUUUUUUUAAUAAAUUUUAUUCUUUGAUGCGAAGCUA